AUGCCGUGGCGGCGGCGUCUAGACGCGUGCAUGGGCGCCGCGAGGGGCCUGCACUGCCUCCACGCCGCCGGCGUUGUCCACGGCGCCGUCAAGGCCAGUAACGUCCUCUUCGACGAGAGCUGGGUCGCCAAGCUCUCGGACUACGGCCUCUCCAAGGGCGCCACCAUGGAGUCCGACAUCCACUCCUUCGGCGUCGUGCUCUUCGAGGUGCUCACCGUGGCGCGGCCUGGGGAUAUGGCCGGUGGCUUCGUCGACUACGCGCUGGCGUGCCACCGUAACGGCAACCUGCAGGACGCCAUUGACCCGGCGAUCAAGGACCAGGUCGCGCCGGAAUGCCUCGAGAAGUUCGCCGAGACGGCGGUGGAGUGCCUCGCCGGCAAUGGCAUAGAGCGGCCGGUCAUCGGCCACGUGCUGAGGAACCUGGAAUUGGCUAUGCAGCUGAGCUGCUUAUAA